GAGGAACAUAUAAAAGGGCUUAUCUGAUACUCUGAUGGAACACGUGUGGUUUCAGAGGAGGGGACUGUGGACCAAUGUCCAGAGUUGUUUGUUUGUUCUUUCGUGUUUGGAGAUACCCAACCCGUCUUAUCUUUUGUGUUAAAUAAAAGCGUAUUUUACGGCUUAUCGCAGAUAGAUAUGUGCUGAUUGGGGGGAGUUGGGGCACUUAAGGAGCCGGGUUGCCAAAACAUACAUACAUGACAGGUAAAUGUCCAUGGAAUUAAAGUAUCAUCACCAUAAAUCAUUCCACUGGCAGCCACCACAAACUCUCUGGGCAGACCGAAGAUACGGUUGUCCAUGUUCAACGAAAUGAUGACCACACUGGCCGCUUCAUGGGACGACACCACCACCUGCAAAGAUGUCCAAACCGCUCAAAGUCAACCUCAGUUUUUCUAUCAUUCACAAUUGAACGUUUAUUGAAAAUAAUGUUUUUUCUUCACCAUUUUCUGUAUGAAUGGCAAAUGCAAACAAUGGGUUGUGACAUUUAACCCACAAAAAUGUAUAAAAAAGUUAAAUACCUGAAACAAAAGGCAAACAUGCAGCUAUACUUGACACAGGAACACACACACACAGCUUUACAACCAGCCUGUCUAAUCGCAUCGUUAAAGGUCCUCAAUGCUUGCAGGUGUGAGCAGAUCAGCAGUUGAUAUGUAGAAUGGCUGCCAACAACCACACAUUUCCAACGUUUGUUUUGGGAAGACAGAAAUCGAUAAGUCUGUAUUUCAAUUUACCACACCAUAUUUUGCGAGGGAGCAGCAAAGCACGCUGUUGUAUUCACUUGGUGAGUGACGUGCAGCCUGACCAGUUGACAAAGCAGUUAAUGGGGAAGGAUCGGCCAGGACUCCCAUGUCAUGCAGUCUCCUGGGUAAUUUGUGCCAGGAAAAAAAUGGUUGCGUCUUUUGUCCUCGCGACCACAAAUACAGUGUUGCCAAAUUUGCCACCAGAGGCGUGAGAUGUGUCCCUAUGGCCUACGGCGCAGCAUUCGUUGUCCUAAGAAGUACGGAGAUGCUAUCAAGGAGAGGCCAGACAUGCUGUCGGUGACGUGUGAUCUGGACCCGCUGCUGGUGCCCCCCCAGCGCAAAGCCAACAUCCCGAGACCCACGGCCGAGCGGUUCUCGAGGAACGCUGCCGUUCUCCCAGACGUGAGGCACUCUCAGGGCUCCCCUACAGCUGAAGCGGCCCGGGAGGAGCCGACGUUGACCACCAACGGGCGGACCACAGAGCCUUUGGUGAUCCACGGCUAUGCGGUGCCAGAGUACCAGCUUGCCUAUCACUCUGUGGUGGACUCGCUGCUCCCACCUGGGCAGACCUACAGCCUGGAGCUGGGCCGGACCAUUAAGGAGCACCUGUUUGAGGAGCUGGCCUACCCUACCCUGCACAUCUCUGAGCAGGCCGACGGUAGGAUGGAGGUGGUGGAGCGCUUCUGUGUGCUCCGCCCCACGCCAUACAUAGCGGUGGACGUUAAAGGGGAGCCGCCGUGCCAUUCGUCCAGACACAGCCAGUAAAACUCAGUAAAAGUACUUUGUUACCAAUUCCUUUUGUUGCAAUGUUGAUAUUUACAAUUUCAAAAUUAUUGACAUUACUAUUUUUGUGGAACAUUUUCCUUUCAUAAACACUUCAAAACUUGUGACUAACUGGUGCUGUUAACAGUUGGUCUAUUUCUAUUAUUGAACAUUAAAAAAAGUUUGAUGCCCUA